UACUACGUACCCUAUAUAUCUCUUAGGCUAGGAACACAAACAGCGACAUCGGCCGUACGAACUCUUUUUCACCCUUUUCACAUUAGAAUACAUUAGAGCAUUAGAGCGACCAAAGUCAUUCCUUUGCUCUCCGACUGUCGUACGGUAGAUGUCGCAAGUCGUCACGUACGAAAGCUAAGACGGCCAAGACCGGCUAAGACUACAUUUUGUAUUCUACUACUUGAUGUGACAUGUACCGUACGUACGUCGCACGACCGAUGUCUCUGUGUUCCUAGACUUGGCCAUAAAAAUAAAAUCACUGAACCGAUAUUUUCUGGUAGCAUUUGCGGAACCGGAAUCACCGGUAUAUUGCCGUCACUGCCCGUGAGUGUCACGUGUCUGGUGCUAAUAUAAAAACAUAUAUUUAAAAUGUUAUGGAAGACUUUGGUUUUUAAAACCCGGUCAACAUGCCUUUUCCACAGACGUUCAUUAAAAUGGCUUUUCGGAGGAAAUGAACAGGAAUCAUAUGCAAGUGUUGUAGAUGGGCUGAAACGGGUGUACAGAACAAAACUUCUCCCUCUAGAGGAAACAUAUUUAUUCCACGACUUUCACUCCCCAAAGCUGAAUGAUGCCGAUUUUGAAUCAAAACCCUUAAUAUUGUUCAUGGGACAGUAUUCUACAGGAAAAACAACUUUAAUAAAGCAUCUGCUGGGAUGCGAAUUUCCAGGAAUGCGUAUUGGACCAGAGCCUACAACGGAUCGUUUCAUAGCUAUAAUGCAUGAUGACAAGGAAGGAGUAAUUCCAGGAAAUGCCUUAGUUGUAGAUCCAAAGAAACAGUUCCGACCCCUGUCUAAGUUUGGUAAUGCCUUUUUGAAUAGAUUCCAGUGUUCUACUGUUAAUUCUUCAGUUCUUAGGACUAUUUCCAUAGUUGAUACCCCUGGGAUCCUAUCUGGUGAGAAGCAAAGAGUAGAUCGUGGAUAUGAUUUCACUGGGGUCUUGGCAUGGUUUGCAGAAAGAGUUGACCGAAUCAUUCUCCUGUUUGAUGCCCAUAAACUUGAUAUAUCUGAUGAAUUCAGGAGAUCAAUUGAAGCACUGCAUGGACAUGAUGAUAAAAUCCGUAUUGUUCUUAAUAAAUCUGACAUGGUAGAUCACCAGCAGCUUAUGCGGGUUUAUGGAGCUUUAAUGUGGUCGUUAGGAAAAAUUUUAAAAAUGCCUGAAGUUGCAAGAGUGUACAUUGGUUCCUUCUGGGAUCAGCAGUUGCGGAACGACUUAAAUCGGAGGUUAUUUGAAGAUGAGGAACAAGAUUUAUUUCGAGAUAUACAGUCCCUUCCAAGGAAUGCUGCUCUGCGAAAACUGAAUGACCUCAUUAAAAGAGCCCGCUUGGCCAAGGCGCAUGCCUAUAUCAUCAGUUCGCUACACCAGGAGAUGCCUAUGUUAUUUGGAAAGGACUCUAAGAAAACUGAACUGAUCUCAAACCUGGAUCAAAUUUAUUCCCAACUGGAGAACAAGUACCUUAUCUCCCCAGGAGACUUUCCUGAACUCAAAAAAAUGCAGGAGCAGCUGAUGCGUCAGGAUUUUGCAAGGUUCAGUUCCCUGAAGCCACACCUGCUGGAGGCAGUAGACCGGAUGCUGGCUAAUGACAUUGCUCGUCUGAUGGCCAUGAUUCCUCAUGAAGCUUUGACUACUGAUUCGUUUGUUAAGGGUGGUGCAUUUGAAGCAGUGGGGAGUAAAGUGGGGCCAUUUGGUUACAAGCGUGGGGAAGGUGUUGAUGCUGGGGCAGGUGAUUUAGAAUGGAUCGUCGGUAAAAAGCGCGCAGAGUAUGAUGCCAUCUUCAAGAUGCUCAACCCAGUUGAAGGAAAAGUUAUGAGAACAGAUGUGAAGCUGGAAAUGAUGAAGUCUAAGCUGCCUAGUUCGGUACUUGGAAAGAUCUAUGGAUUGGCAGAUGUGGAUCAAGAUGGCUUACUUGAUGCUGAUGAGUUUGCUCUUAUGAUGUAUCUUAUUUCAGUCAAAUUAGAUGGUCAUGACCUUCCAUCUGAAUUACCUUCUCACCUGAUUCCUCCCUUGAAGAGAAAGGGUGUCCAGCAGACAGCUUCCAUUUCAGAGAAGACAAGUUGAGGUUUAUAUGACAUAGGAAUCACUUUGAUAGACUGCCAGGCUGUGAAAAGGGCUGGCAUUUGGUUGAGUUCCUCAUGGGCUAGCUGGAUUAUUCCAGUGGCAAAGAACACCAAGUACACAUGUUGCUUAUAGAACGUUCAAACUAAUAAUUUCCUGUCUUUAGAUAACCCUCUAUAGCAGCAGUUCUCAACCAGUGUAACAUGAAGAGCCCACAGGUGUGCCACUGGAGUUCAGGGGAAAGGUUGAAAAGAAGCAAAGAAAAAAUUGAAUAAUAAAAAAGUCAUCAAAAUCCAUGAUCAACAUUGUUUUAAAUAUAACACAAUGAUUAGAAUUUUACCUAUUGAACUUUUAAACACAAUCUUAUUAAGCAUUUUUUUCAUUAUUGAUAAAAUCUCUCCUUAAAAAAUUGAUAGUGCACCUUGACAAUUUUAGUGCCUUGUUUGGUGUGUUAUAAGUUGAAAAAGGUUGAAAAACUGUGCUCUGUAGCUCUCUUGUGUCUGACUGAAGCUGAGAUAGCUCAGUCAAUAUGCUGACUAAGCUGUGUGCUGGAUGACCUAUGAAUCAAGUUUCAAGUCCCAGGAGGCAGGAUAUUUUUCUCUUCUGUACAAUAUCCAGACCAGCUUUAUGGCCCAUCAGCCUCCUGUCCGGUGGUUACUGGGGUGUCCUUCCCCAGAGUUAAAGCAGCUGGGGCGUGAAGCUGAACACUCACCUCCAUCUAGUGCUGAUGUUCAAAAUGCGUGGAGCUCUACAACCUCACUUCCUCAUAUGUCUUGAUCAAGUGACGAGCUGUGGCUGGAGGAGCAGGUUUCGACUCCUGCAAGAAACAGAAUUUUCUUAUUUCCUGCCAUAACCAUACAGGCUCUGGGGCCUACCCAACCUCCUGUUCAGUGAGAUAGAAUACAGUGCCCUUCCACUGAAGUAAAGUAAAUAUGAAGUGACACACAGAGCUGCAUCAUUGCUAACAAUCUAGCUUGACUUUCACAGUGCUUUUCAAUCAUGUAAUCUAAAACAUCACACUAGUCGAGGGUAUGUUAACAGUCACAUUGACUGUCAGCUUACUCCAUGUUGAGUAGUAGAAAACCCAUUCACAAUCUCCUGCCACCCUCCCACAUGCAGUUACUGAGCCAAGGCCAAGCUUGCAGAUUGGUGGCAACAACUGUACAGACA